AAUAGUUGAAAACAUUUAAACGUUUAGUUCUGGGCUAUCGAGGUUUAGUUCGUUGAGUAUUUAAUGUUUGGUUAAAUUGAUGUGAUUGAUGAAAAUGCUGAUGUAAUAAACGAUCAAUUUGUGAUCACUUGUCAACAACCACAUCAAGAAACCAACGUGGUUCAGUUCUACAGCCACUAGAAGUUCUCUUUUAUCUUAAAAUAAAUACAAUAUAGUGAUUUUUUGCUCUCAUUCCUAAUCUUUUGUUAAGGAAAAGCUUGAAAUGCCGGAUUCAACGAAUUCUCUUGAAAAUUCUGCUGAUGUGUCAGAAGUUCCCAAAACUGCCGCUCAGUUGAAGAAAGAAGCCAAAAAGAAAGAGAAACUAGAAAAGUUUAAACAAAAGCAAGAAAAAAUACAAUCAAAAACUGUAGAUAAAACACCUAAAAAGCCUAAAGAGAAAAAGGAAAAAGAAGUUUUGGUUUAUGAUAAAAAUGUGGUACCUGGGGAAAAAAAAGAUAUUUCGGGACCCAUGCCUGAUGCAUAUAGUCCAAAAUACGUUGAAGCUGCUUGGUAUGCCUGGUGGGAGAAAUCUGGUUUUUUCAAACCUGAAUAUGGGGGAAGGGAUAUCUCGAAAAAUGUUGAUGCAAAUGAUAAAUUUGUCAUAGUUAUUCCUCCACCAAAUGUUACAGGGAGUUUGCACGUAGGGCAUGCUUUAACUAGCGCAAUAGAGGACUCCAUUACACGAUGGAAUAGAAUGAAAGGGAAAUUAACUUUAUGGAAUCCUGGAUGUGAUCAUGCAGGUAUUGCCACUCAGGUUGUUGUUGAGAAAAAGAUUUGGAAAGAACAACAGAAGAGGAGGCAUGAUUUGGGAAGAGAAAAAUUCAUAGAAGAAGUAUGGAAGUGGAAGGCACAAAAAGGAGAUCGAAUUUAUGAACAACUAAGACUUUUAGGGUGUUCAGUAGAUUGGGAUAGAGCAACUUUCACUAUGGACCCUAAAAUGUGUAAGGCAGUCACCGAAGCUUUUGUUAGACUACAUGAGGAUGGUUUAAUUUACAGAGCAAAUCGAUUAGUAAACUGGUCUUGCACUCUAAAGUCUGCUAUAUCAGAUAUAGAGGUGGAUAAAUUAGAGCUAACUGGUAAAACUUUGUUAUCUGUUCCUGGCCAUGACCGUAAAGUUGAAUUUGGUGUAUUAGUUUCAUUUGCAUAUCCUGUUGAAAAUUCCAAUGAGGAAAUAGUUGUUGCAACUACAAGAAUAGAAACAAUGCUGGGAGAUACUGCAGUUGCUGUUCACCCUAAUGAUACGAGAUACAAACAUUUGCAUGGAAAAUUUGUUAUACAUCCAUUUUGUUCUAGACGAAUACCAAUUAUAUGUGAUGAUUUUGUUGAAAUGGAAUUUGGAACAGGUGCUGUUAAAAUAACUCCCGCUCAUGAUCCUGCUGAUUAUGAAGUUGGUGUUAGGCAUAAACUUCCUUUCAUUAAUAUUCUGAAUGAUGAUGGUACUUUAAAUGGCAAUUGUGCAGAAUUUUCUGGAAUGAAACGAUUUGAAGCCAGAUAUAAGGUAUUAGCUGCUUUGAAAGAAAAAAAUUUGUAUAAAGAGACGAAGGACAAUCCUAUGGUAGUCCCUAUUUGCAGUCGAUCCAAAGAUAUUGUAGAACCAAUGUUAAAAGUACAGUGGUAUGUAAAAUGUGAAGAAAUGGCUCGAAAAGCAGUUGAAGCUGUUAGGAAUGGUGACUUAAAAAUUGUUCCUGAAGUUCAUGUUAAAAUAUGGUAUCAUUGGUUAGAAAAAAUCAGGGAUUGGUGUGUAUCAAGACAGUUGUGGUGGGGUCACAGAAUUCCCGCAUAUUAUGUCACUAUUGAAAAUAUGGAAAUGGCCGGAGAUUCAGAUUCAGAUAAUGAACGAUGGAUAAGUGCUAGGAAUGAAGAAGAAGCUCGACUGAAGGCUGCUCACAAAUUUAACGUUGCUCCUGAAAGAAUCAGUUUAAAACAAGAUGAAGAUGUUCUAGAUACAUGGUUUUCAUCUGGGCUUUUCCCUUUCUCCAUAUUUGGCUGGCCUGAUCAGACAGUGGAUUUAAAAGCCUUUUAUCCAGGAACUCUCUUGGAAACUGGUCAUGAUAUAAUAUUUUUUUGGGUCGCCCGUAUGGUAAUGUUAGGUAUACAAUUAAUGGGACAGUUACCAUUUAAAGAGGUAUUUUUGCAUUCUAUCGUUAGAGAUGCCCAUGGUAGAAAAAUGAGCAAAUCAUUAGGAAAUGUAAUUGAUCCUAUUGAUAUGAUCAAUGGAAUAUCUUUAGAGGCUUUACAUGCAACAUUAUUAGAUUCAAAUCUUGACCCUAAAGAAAUUGAGAAAGCCAAAAUGGGUCAAAAAGCUGAUUUUCCAAGUGGCAUUCCUGAAUGUGGAACAGAUGCUUUGAGAUUUGCUUUAUGUGCUUACACUGCACAAGGACGAGAUAUUAAUUUAGAUAUCAACAGAGUUGAAGGGUAUCGACAUUUCUGUAAUAAACUUUGGAAUGCUACAAAGUUUGCUCUGAUGACUCUGGGUUCUGAUUUCAAACCUAAGCCUAAAUUCAUGUCUUUGAAACCUGUUUUUCAAUCUGAUAAGCCUCAAGAAAAUACUGAGGCUUCUAAAGAAAUGCUCUAUACUUGUUUAGACACAGGUCUAAAGCUGUUGAGCCCUUUUAUGCCUUUUGUUACAGAAGAAUUAUAUCAAAGAAUUCCUAGGCGUGAGAAUGAUUCCACCAUUAGUAUUACUAUUUCACGGUACCCAAUACUGUCUGAGUUCCCGUGGAAGAAUAUUGAAUUAGAGAAAAAUGUUACAUUUGCUCAAGAUGUCAUCCACAAAGUUAGAUCUUUAAGAGCUGAUUAUAACUUAGCUAAAAAUGAAAAAUUAGACUUGUUUUUAAAGUGUGAUGAUGAAAAUAUAAAAGCCUGCUUAUCAAAACUAAGUGAUACAAUAAUUUUCCUCACAUCCUCUGCAUCUCUUACAUUAGUAAAUUCUGAAGAAAUUCCCAAAGGAUGUGCGAUCACUACAAUAUCUGAAAAUUGUGAAGCAUAUUUACUUUUGAAGGGUCACAUUGAUAUUAAUAAAGAAAUUACUCGAUUAGAGCAGAAACAACAAAAACUUAGUUCUCAAAUUAUCAAGUUGAAAGAAGCCACUCAAGUAGAUGACUAUGAGAUAAAAGUUCCAAUUGCAGUUAGAGAAUCACAUGCAGAAAAGAUAACUUUAAGUGAAGGGGAAUUGAACAAAGUCCUACAAGCAAUAGAGACAUUAAAAAUUAUGGACUCUGCUUGAAGCUGAGUUUUCUAUCUGCUUUUAUCACAGCAUUCCUUCAUAUUUAAGAAGCAGUAACAAUUAAAUUAUUUUGCAAAUGAAACCACAGCUCUGCAGACGAAAUCAUUCAAGUAUAAACAGUUUGAAAUCUCUCUAAUUAAUCAUUAAUAAAAUGCUAGAAGAAAUUUGUGCUAUUCAUACUGAAACACUGUACAAUUUUUUUAUAUAUAAUUUAUUUAUUUUCAAUAAAAUUAUCUAAUUAUGUA